AUGCGGUCUAGCAUUGCUUGUGCUCGAUGCCGGCGCAGUAAGAUCAAAUGUGUCAAUGCCGGCAUAGAUACGACCUGUCGCGCCUGUGAAUCAUCAGGUCGAGAUUGUGCCUAUCCAACACCGGCUAUCAGCGUGGGUGCCACAAAACGAGAUCUGGCUGCGUUGGUAGAUGGGGAUGAUCGCAACGGAGACUGGGAUGGACCGAAAAGACCUCGUCCACGCAAGACGAGCGCGAUCACAGGCACCUCGCCCGGUGCUAAAGCUGGACUCGAUGCGUUAGAUGCCUUAAUAUUGACCCCCAAGGUCUGGGAAUCCGUCUUCGACCUGUUCCAGUCGCAUUUUGCGACCAUGCUACCUUUCCUACACCCGGCAACCUUCCUAGGUCAGAUUCGCCAACUCUCCUCGCCAGCACCACAAUCCACCUCCGUUGUCGAUGAGGCCGUACGCGCGGCAAAUUCUAAAAUAGAACCUUCUGCCUCACUCAUCCCACUGGGAGUACUCGCAUUGACUGCUCGUUUUCAUCCGCCACUGGUCGCCUACCACUCACCUCCUUCUCCGGGCAACCCUCCAAAUCCUCUCAUCGCAUCCGAAUACUAUGCGACAGCUCUGCGCAGCAGGCUGGCCGGCUUUGAUGGCGCAAGUCUAGCAGUAGCAGAUCUUGCACGAGUCCAGGCGCUAUUAAUGCUGGCCCUGCAUGAGUGGGGCAUGUCGCGUGGUAAGAGCGCUUGGAUCUACGUUGGCAUGGCUAUUCGGCUGGCACAGGCAAUCAGCCUCCCUUUUGAACUAGAGAAUGAAUUUUCACUUCGCGAGAUGUCGCGCUCAUCACCAGGCUUCAAACCCGAGGUAGACCACUUUGGUCUACCACGCCGCCCUGAAUCCAAGGAGCAGACAUCCGAUGAUGUGAUCUGUCAAGAGACGAAGCGCCGCACCUUCUGGGCGUGUUUCAUCCUUGAUCGCUGUCUGAGCAGUGGCAAGUACCGGCCCCGCAUGAUUCGUGUCAAGGAACUAGGCAUUCAGCUGCCUAGUGACAACGCCUUUGCAUUUGGAGAGCGCGUACGUACAUCCCGAUUAAAUGAGCCGACGGUUCGCCGUCCGCAGAGCUUUGGUUCACAGGGGGUGCAGAUUCCGAGUAUCCGUCAGAGUCUAGGGUUUGGCGAUGAAAAGUUGUCCCCAGCCAAUGGUACCCCGGACGGUAAGGCAUGGUCGCCCAUAUUACAGCGCAAGGACUCGAGUGAGGAUGACGUGGAUCGGUGGGAGGUGGGCGCGGAGGAGUCGGUACUCAGCCGAGUGAUUCGCAUCAUUCGUAUAUGGGGGAGCAUUGCCAAGUGGUCCUGUGCAGGUGGUCGUCGAACCGAACAACAUCCCCCGUGGCAUCCCGAAUCCCGCUUUGCUUCUUUACGAAGACAAUUGAGCGAGUUCCAGGAUAGUCUCUCCCGAAAUUUACAAUAUUCGUCGCGGAACACCGAUACACACAUCAUGUAUAAAACGACUCUCGCCCCUUAUACCAUCAUGCACGUGGUCUACUUCCUAUCGGUCAUCGUCCUCCAUCGUGCAUAUAUGCCAUUCCUACCGCUGCGUUGCACUGAGCCUGUAGGGCCAUUGGACGAGCCAUUGUUUCCCAAUGACAAGGUCAGUGGCCCACCCGAAUUCUUUUGGCGUGACAGCGCACGGGAGCUCUUCAAGACGGCAAGACAGAUGAUCGAUCUCAUGGCGACCUGUCAAGCUCGCGAGGCCCUGGUAGAGAAUCCGUUGGUGGGCUUCGCCAUCUACAAUGCUGCACUUGUCGGCAUCUAUGGCACCCACUACCCCCACAUGGACCCAGAUGGGCUACUAGGCGUCAAGUCACCGGUCAGCCACGACGCCCAUCAGCCAAUUGUGGUGCAGACUCGUAAAGCUUUGGAUAUCUUGCGAGAAAUGCGGCCCCGUCUGAGGAUGGCUGUGGGGUGGUUCCGCACUCUGAAUCGUCUUCACAGCUACUUCAGCAAGGUGAAGCGUGACUAUCGACGAUAUUCACGUUAUCGACUGGACAGUAUGUCGGAUGCGUCUGAGCAUGCUGCGGCCAAUGGUAUUCGACAGAUCCGGGAAUGUGGCUCUGGUGGCGGUCUGGAUGAAUUCAAGGUUCUUGAAAAGCUCUUCCUGGACUUUGGGUUGAUUGAGGAUCAACUGGUGGAAGCUGGAGACGAUGAAACCGCAAUUGUGAUCACCGGAGACCUAUUCCCUGAACGCACAAAUCUGAGCGAUGCUGGCAGCAACGCUGUCAAAAGCGACUUCGAUCCUGGUGAACAGCUUCCUGGUGCUGGUGGUCGUCGUGAGUCGUGGGUACCCAUCAACAGCCCUGGCCUAUCCAUACCAAGCCACGAUAGUGACCGUCGUCCAAGCCUGCCCUUACCAAACACCACCCGCCCACUGCCAUCCCAAUCACCUUACUCGCUCCCGUCUCUGCAACCCCACCACCCAGAUGGACCCAUAUAUAAUACCUCCUCACCACCCAGUCUGCCUUCGCUGUCAGCAACCACACAGUCUCCAUCCCCGUAUCUGUCUGCGACAAGCAAUCGAUUGCAGCCUAUUACCUCAUGGCUCCCAUCACGCCCAUCAGUACCGCCUCCUUCCUAUCAAUCUUUACCACCUAUCAGCGCAGCCGGACACAACGUACCGGUCCUCCCACCACCAAAUUCAGUCACUCAAUUGGCUCCCUCACCGCCACUUACCUCAACGGAAGGCCCUGACACAUCUCUCCUGACAACAACUCUUGGCGGAGAUGACGUUCUAGCCCUUCUGGACGGAGGCGACUGGGCCGAGCUAUCACUCAUCCAGCCUUCCGAGGUCGGCAUCCCUGCUGGCUGGUUAAGCACCAUAUGGUCCCAGUUCAUCUCUUAG